AUGGGUUCAGUGCAAGAAGUCAUUGAGUGCGACGUCUUGAUAGUGGGCGCAGGACUCAGCGGCAUCGCCUCGCUUUACAAAUUACGCAAACAAGGUUUCAAGGCGAAGAUCAUCGAGGCCGGCUCUGACUUUGGCGGAACAUGGUAUUGGAACAGGUAUCCAGGUGCUCGAGUCGACUCAGAGAUCCCUUUCUACCAGCUGGCCAUCCCCGAAGUCUGGAAGACUUGGGAAUUCACUCAAAGAUUCCCAGAUCAGGCGGAACUACGUCGGUACUUUGCGCACGUUGACAAGAUCUGCGGCUUACGGAAUGACACAUACUUUAACACUCGAGUUGUUAAAUCAUCCUGGGACGAAGACACGGGUCACUGGAUAGUACACACCGACGUUGGACUGGUCACAAAAUCUAAAUACCUCGUUGUGGCAAGCGGUUCGUUGGACAAGCAAUACACCCCGGAUUUUCCAGGUCUCGCCGACUUCAAGGGCGAAACCUAUCAUUCUCGAACCUGGCCUGCAGAUGCGAAUCUGAAAGGGAAGAAAGUCGCCGUUAUUGGUGCGGGCGCGACGGGCAUUCAGGUUGUCCAAGAACUGGCGAAACAGGCGACCGAACUAACAGUCUUUAUCCGCCGGCCAAGCACUUGUCUUCCAAUGUGUCAGAAGGAUGUGACAAAGGAAGAUCAAGUUCGUCAGAAGGCCUCCUACGAAAAACUCUUUCGUGACUGUCGUCUGUCGUGGUCCGGGUUCCCCAUCCGGCCAGGUCCGAAAGCCGUUGACUUGACAGCAGAACAGCGAGAAGCCAUUUUUGAAGAGGCCUGGAAUCGUGGAGGAUUUGCCUUUCUUGUCGCAUUCUCUGAUGCCAGGACCGACCCUGUAGCGAAUAGGAUUGUCUACGACUUCUGGAAGAAGAAAGUUCGCGCGAAGAUCUCCGAUCCGGUCAAGCAAGAAAUCCUAGCACCGACGGAACCAUUAUAUUACUUUGGAACGAAACGCAGUCCUCUUGAGCAAGACUAUUACGAGAUGUUGGACCAGGACCACGUCAAAGUGGUUAGCUUAAGAAGCACACCCUUUCAGAGAUUCUGCUCAAGCGGUGUCAUAAUGGAAGACGGAAGCUCUCACAACUUCGAUGCACUGGUACUCGCCACCGGAUUUGAGAGUUUCACUGGAUCCUAUUAUGAUCUCGGCCUCAAGGGCCGGCAAGGGAUUGGCCUGCAAGAGACUUGGGCUGAGGAGAUUCACACUAAUCUUGGGCUCCUUAUCCGCGACUUUCCGAAUUUAUUCAUGGUCUUUGGGCCCCAGUCACCUACUACGCUGUACAAUGGCCCGACGACAGUGGAGUGUCAAAGCGAUUUGGUCACCGCUCUAAUCGCGAAGGCAGAAGAAAAAGGCGCAAAGUGGGUUGAAACCACAAAAGCAGCCGAAGAAGAAUGGGCGCGGCUGCUAGAAGCUCAGUUCAAACAGUCGCUAGUUCAAUACACUCCAUCGUGGUGGACCAGAGCCAAUGUUCCAGGAGCCAAGGUACAGCCGCUGACAUAUCUGGGAGGGAUUAUGGAGUAUGAAAAACUAUGCCGCGAAGCCAUAGAUGGUGGCAGUGCCGGGCUUGUGUACGAGCCUUGCGGCAAAAUUUGA